AUGGCUUUGCCAAUGGAUGGCCACCCUGGAGAUGGUCUACUCAACAUCAGAUCAGAUGCUCCAGUACGAGGGCUAGGACCUGCACAGCCCGGAAGUGUUGGGACCUUUUCAGAUGCGCAAAAUCGAGCCGUACUUAUUGUUGCUGUUACUGCAGCGUCUAUCAGUCUAGCUGUUGCAGUGGUGUCCCUUCGAUGGUUUCUUAGCAUGAAAAGGAGUUUUCGACAUCAUCUGAUCCUCAUGCUUAUCUGCAGCGAUACGUUCAAGGCCUUGUGGUACUUCCUAUCUCCAGUGGUCAUCUUCACUCGAGGUAGAUUUGAGAGCUCGUCGGCUUUCGUCCAAGCAAGUGGCUUUCUGCUCGCCUUGGGGGUCGAGGCUGCAGAUCUGUCCAUCCUAUUCAUUGCCCUGCACUCGACCUUAUAUAUUCUUCGUCCACCCCAAAGAUUGGGUCACGGAGGCCUCUACAGAUACCGUCAUUGGGUUUAUGCCUCGUGGUUAUUGUUGCCGCUUCUUGCUGCCUCCCUCGCUUUCACCAAUCGUUCCGGGCCUGCAUACGUAACGUUGGGCACAGUCGCAUACCUUCCGAAGAGACCUUACUGGUAUCGGCUCGCGCUCGCGUGGAUCCCCCGUUACAUCAUAUUCAUCUCGAUCAUUGCAAUGUAUACUGCAAUCUACAUUUACGUCAAGGUUAAAUUCCAAGGGUUCGAUAACUUCGGAAGUGACGACCUCUCUUACAAAACGAGCUCAACGGGAGCUUCUACAAGUGGUCAGACAUCCCACUUUGCUAGUUCAGCAAGUCCUCAAAUCACUUCGAUUGGAAAUCUGGAAAAGUCUGACAACUACGGUCGGGAACCGCCUGCGUUUCCGACCUACAACAGCCUUGCCAACGGUCAGAAGCACCUCCAGGCAACUGAUAACGUGCCUGAAUGGGAGAAAAUUGAUUUCAUUACGAGGUCACCACUUGUCAACCCCAAGCGGAAUUCGCAGCUAUCCGUGGGCAUAGAAGCAGCUGACUUUGCUCACGGAUCAACCACAAAGCCGAAUGUUUCAGGAGGCAGGCUCAGUCCGUAUGGACUUGACACAAGAAACCAUUCGACAGCGCCCACUGUCAAGACGAAUUCUACAGAUAGAACAACACUUACCGCAGGGAUUGUGGAUUCGAGCCACGCGGCUACCCGUUCAAGCCCGGCUUUGGAGCGCACCGGAGCCACCGAUGAAUUGGCCAUAACGCGCAUCGCCAUUCGCCGUCAGCUUCGCUUCCUUUUCAUCUAUCCACUUAUCUAUCUGCUGCUGUGGAUCCUGCCUUUUGUACAGCAUUGCUUGAACUAUACCAACUAUUACACCCAACAUCCUCCAUUCUGGCUCAAUGUCUGCAUCACCUGCAUAUUGGCCUUGCAGGCUGGUAUCGACUGCACCAUAUUCUCAUGGCGUGAAAGACCGUGGAAGAGGAUGAACGGAUCGCCAUUCAUAACAAUCUGGGCUUUCCGGAAGCUGAGAGCAAGGUUCUUGACCAAAGACGGGCAGCGCAGUCAGAGCCAUGGAAACAGCAACAUGGACCCUGCCGAUCCGGAAGCACUAAAGCCUAAUAAGCCGAAACGAGAUUCAAAUUGGUGGGAAGAGGAGGGAAAGAAACGGAAAGAUAGCGUUUGGCUGGGGACUGAUACGCUCAACGACAUCGUCCGGACACAGACGAUGGAGAGCAGGAAGGCAUCCUGCCUAGUGGCGUGA